AUGAGUUUCCAAAAUUACGACGCUUUCCAGGGCCAACAGGGCGGCGAGGACACCGGCACUCCUGGCGGAGCUGGUGGUCAACAGCAACAAGGCAUGGGCCAGCCGAUUGAGAGCACCGCCGGGCAAUACCAGGGUGGCAACAUGGGAGGCGUUCCAGGCGGACCGCAGGGUGGUGAUUCUAAGACAACCCUCUGGAUGGGCGAACUGGAGCCCUGGAUCGACGAGAAUUUCGUUCGCACCGUUUGGUUCGGUAUGGGCGAGCAAGUCAACGUGAAGAUGAUUCGUGACAAGUUUUCUGGAAGCAAUGCCGGAUACUGUUUCGUCGAUUUCUCCACCCCUGAGGGAGCUGCCAAGGCUCUGACUCUGAAUGGUCAGCUCAUUCCGAACUCGAAUCGUCCCUUCAAGCUCAACUGGGCUUCCGGCGGUGGUCUUGCGGACCGCAGCCGCGAUGACCGUGGCCCGGAGUACUCCAUCUUUGUCGGAGAUCUUGGUCCAGAGGUCAACGAGUACGUCCUGGUCUCUCUGUUCCAGGGCAAGUAUCCGUCCUGCAAGUCUGCCAAAAUCAUGUCCGACCCUAUCAGCGGCAUGUCGCGCGGUUACGGAUUUGUCCGAUUUGCCGACGAGGGAGACCAGCAGCGCGCUUUGACCGAGAUGCAAGGCGUCUAUUGCGGCAAUCGGCCUAUGCGCAUCUCCACCGCCACACCGAAGAACAAGGCCGGUGGUCCUGGUGGACCUGGCGGCAUGGGUGGCAUGCAGGGCGGCGCCGCCGGUGGGCCCGUUGGAAUGUACGGCAUGGGCGCUCCUCCAAUGGGCUACUACGGCUCGCCUCAGCCCAUGAACCAGUUCACGGACCCAAACAACACGACAGUCUUUGUUGGUGGUCUGUCCGGCUAUGUCACCGAGGACGAGCUCCGGUCCUUUUUCCAGGGCUUCGGCGAGAUCACCUACGUGAAGAUCCCUCCAGGCAAGGGCUGCGGUUUCGUCCAGUUCGUCCAACGGCACGCCGCGGAGAUGGCCAUCAACCAGAUGCAAGGCUAUCCCAUCGGCAACUCGCGCGUCCGACUUAGCUGGGGCCGCAGCCAGAACAACUCCGGUCCUGCUGGCACCCCUUACCGUCCUGCCCCACCGCCACCUGUCUAUCCCUCCAUGGGCAUGCCACCCCAGCACUACGGCAAUUAUGCGCCUAUGAAGGUAGGAUCAUUCACCCGUGCCGUGAACACGUUUCACUAA